AUGUUGAUGUCCGCGUUCUGCUUCGCCUCCUUCCUGUGCGCCGUCGCGGCGCGGCCCUCCUUCAGCUACAUGGAAAACCACUUCAGCGUCGACACCGAGUCGGAGGAGAUCCGCUCGGCCGCCAUCAAGAGGCUGCUGGAGGUUUUCGGGAUGGACGACCCCCCUGCGGUCCACGGACGCAAGCAGCCGCCCCAGUACAUGCUCGAUCUGUACAACACGGUGGCUGACGUGGACGGAGUCACCAAGGACCCGAACCUACUGGAGGGCAACACUGUGCGCAGCUUCUUUGACAAAACGCGCAGUGAACAGGUGGAGUACAGGUUCAACUUGUCCACGGUGGCCAGAACCGAGAAAGUUCUCACCGCAGAGCUUCACCUCUUCAAGCUGCGCCCUCAGGCAACGCCGACCUUCAACCGGCAUCACUUCUGUCAGGUCAGCAUCUACCAGCUGCUCGACGCCGCCAGGGCCAACGGCACGCAGGACCGGAAGCUGCUGUCGUCUCGCCUGGUGCCGGUCCACUCCAGCGGGUGGGAGGUGUUCACCAUCACACAAGCGGUCCGAUCCUGGAUGGCGGACGAGGGCAGUAACCUGGGCCUCCACGUGGUGGCUCGCACCCUGGGAGGAAGCCCCGUGGAGCCCAAGCUGGUCCGCUUCGCCUCCGGACGCAACCAUCACCAGAGUAAGCAGCCCAUGCUGGUCCUGUUCACCGACGACGGCCGCCGCUCCACGACUCUGCAGAGCACAGGCGGCGCCGCGGCCGUGGCCAGCCUGCCCCCGGCCCCGCUGGCCGGUUCUGCCGCCCGCAGGGCCCGCUCCGUGGACUCGGGCGAGGAGGCCGAGGCGUCCAGGUCCUGCACGCGCCUGCCGCUCUACGUGGACUUCGACGAGAUCGGCUGGUCGGGCUGGAUCGUGUCCCCCAGGGGCUACAACGCGUACCACUGCAAGGGCUCCUGCCCGUUCCCCCUGGGCCAGAACAUGAGGCCCAGCAACCACGCCACGGUCCAGUCCAUCAUCAACGCGCUGAAGCUCAUCAAAGGCAUCGAGACGCCGUGCUGCGUGCCCGACAAGCUCUUCUCCAUCAACCUGCUCUACUUCGACGACGAGGAGAACGUGGUGCUGAAGCAGUACAACGACAUGGUGGCGGGAAGCUGCGGCUGCCACUGACGUCAACCAGACUCUGACGUCAGGAUGCACAGAUGGGAACUGGGUCUGGAACCGCCACCGUGCUACUCAUGAGCCAACAUGUGACACUGUAAUAUAUGUAUAUAUCUAUAAAUUAUAAUAUAUGAUGUAAGUGAUCUCAGGUGUAAAUGUGUAUAUGUUUUCUUUUCUGAAUGGCAUUAGA